CCACACUAACGCCGUUCGGCGUAAACUUGAGCAGAGAAGAGAAGCGCUUUCCGGCGGUAAGUUACAGCGGUGUGGACUGACUGAACGGCGCACAUUCAUCCAAACUGAAAAUCCUUCUUCAGCUUUAAUAAGAUGGAUAUAAGACCCAACCACACCAUCUAUAUCAACAAUGUCAACGACAAGAUCAAGAAAGAGGAGUUGAAGAGGUCCUUAUAUGCCCUGUUCUCCCAGUUCGGACAGAUCAUAGAAAUAGUAGCGCUGAAGACGAUGAAGAUGAGAGGACAGGCGUUUGUGGUGUUUAAAGAACUUGCUGCAGCUACGAAUGCACUGCGGCAGCUGCAGGGCUUCCCUUUCUACAACAAGCCCAUGCGAAUCCAGUACGCCAAAACAGACUCUGACGUCGUCGCUAAGAUGAGAGGAACAUACGGAGACAAAGAGAAGAAGAAGGAAAAAAAGAAGAAGGCCCAGGAGCAGGCAGCCAACGCUGCCAAGAAACCACAGAACGCCGUCAACACACAGCCAGCUCCACCAGCUACAGUCCAGGUUCCAGAUAAUCCACCCAACUACAUUUUGUUCCUGAACAACCUGCCAGAGGAGACCAAUGAGAUGAUGUUAUCUAUGCUGUUCAACCAGUUCCCGGGCUUUAAGGAGGUGCGUCUGGUUCCGGGUAAACACGAUAUUGCAUUUGUAGAGUUUGAGAGCGAGUCUCAGGCAGGAGUGGCUAAAGAUGCACUGCAGGGCUUCAGGAUCACGGCCACCUGCGCCAUGAAGAUCACCUAUGCCAAGAAGUGACCUCAUACACACACAAAUACACACCUUCUAUGACGAACUGAAUCCCUGACCCUGGUGGAAGGGUUGACUUUUUCUUUUCUUUUUUUUUUUCUCCCCGUCCUCUUUCCUUUUUUUUAAGUCCUCGUCUCUAUAUUGGCUCUCGUUUGCUGAAACGUAUCUGGUUUUGUUGAUGAUUUCUAGGACUGUACAGACUGUCUGGUGUUUUUUUUUUGUUUGUUUUUUUAAGACGUUGCUAUGGCAGUAAAAAGAGAGAGAACACAGGGCUGAAAACGUUGUUUUUAUUUUGUGUAUUAGAAUUAUUAAAUAAUUUUUGUAUUA